GACGUCAAUUCAGUUAAUCGCAGACCUUCUGAAAGGGUAGUCGUGUGUUGUUAUUUACGCUUGUCGCGAUGUGUUACUGGAAGUGACAAUAUAAUCUCAGUGUUCGAGUGAUAAAAGAACUGGUGCAAGAUGUUGGCUGACGGAGAAAUAGUAGGGGAUGGGUCGUGGAACCUCACGAUCUACGUAACCGAUUUGAGCCAGAAGCGGACUAUGGUUGUCAAGGGAGACAUGCACAUCGGCGGAGUUAUGCUAAAAUUAACAGAGAGUUUUGGUAAAGAAUUCAAAAAGGACUGGUCGGAUCACGCGCUAUGGUGGCCCACUCGCAACAAAUGGCUUUCUCGUCCCAAGCACACGUUGGAUCAGUAUGGGGUCCACGCGGACGCAGCGCUCCACUUCACGCCGAUGCACAAACCCCUGCGCAUCCAGCUGCCAGACCUCAGAUACAUUGACUGCAAGAUGGACUUCUCGAUUGACACAUUCAGCGCCGUCAUUCAGCUCUGUAAAAGCUUGGGAAUACGACACCCCGAAGAGCUCUCCCUGUGCUAUCCUCUAGAAGCGUCGCAUCUUAAACAAAACUACCAAAACUUGAAGGAAGCGAAGAAGCUCAAGUCCUCGCAACCAGAUACGAACACCUUUAUAGCGGCGACCAGGGGCUCCUCGAACAGUCUGGACAGAUCACUAGCGUGUCCGGCCACACCUCCGCCACCUAGAUCUUUGUCAGCAACGCCAGUGGCUUCUCAUCAGAAUGGCACACUCCGCCGGAACGGAGGCAUCAUCAACAGCACACAGAGCGAUGGCUCCAGCGACGGUGGCUACUGCGGCACUCCGCCCCGGGCCGCUUCCAUGGACGCUCUGGACUCGCUCGCAGACCUGUCCCUGUGCGACUCCCCGCUCGAACCAGACACUCAAUCACGGGAGUCACUGCUCACGCCAAAGUCACUGAUGGAGCGCGCUAGGAUGAACGUCGGAUGGUUGGACUCUUCACUAUCCAUAAUGGAACAAUACGUUCGUGAGUGGGACACGCUACAGCUGCGGUUCAAGUUCUAUUCGUUCUUCGACCUGACACCGCGUAGCCAGGACGCGGCCCGGCUCAAUCAGCUGUACCAGCAGGCGCGUUGGCAGAUCCUCAACCAGGAGGUGCACUGCACUGAGGAGGAGAUGCUCUUGUUUGCUGCGCUGCAGUUACAAAUCGAACUGCAGACCUUAGCAGGGGGUGGAAUAGAGGCGGCGGAUGGAAGCGGAAGCGGGUCGGCAACAGCGCCCGAAGACGAGAUAGACGCGGCCCUCAGCGAGCUGCAAGUGCAGUUGGAAGGUGGUCCACCUGCGAGACCAGACAUCACACACGUGCCCGAGCUGGCUGGUUACCUGAAGUACAGGGGAAAGUUUGUCGGCGAUUUCUGUGUUCGUCAACGGUUCACGCUCCGAGCGUACAAACGCGGCUGGGUGUCGUGUCGGGAUGGAGUGCUCCGUAUUCACAGCACGAGAGAGUCCGCCGCAAAGGGGGACGCGCCUUCUUAUGCCGUCGAACUGAGAGGGGCCGAGGUAACUCCCGACGCACACCCGGUGUCAGGCAGAUACGGGAUCAAAUUGGAGAUCCCGUCGGAGGACACGAUGCACGAGAUGUGGCUCAAAUGUGACAACGAGGAUCAAUAUGCUGACUGGGUAGCAGCAUGUCGCCUGGGCUCCCGCGGUCGUUCCCUUGCGGACGCGGCGUUCGCCAGUGAGGCGGCGACUGUCAAGUCCCUGCUGGCUCUCCAGAGACCACAACCUGCCGCAGCGCUGCAUCAUCACAGUCUUCCGCACCUCGACCAUCUACAGCCUGAGAACUUCCUCGCGCCGAGGUUCCUCAAGAAACUUAAGAGCAAAUUCACCCAAAGAGUACUCGAAAGCCACGCGAACGUCAAGGAUCUGCCGCUGCUUGAAGCCAAGCUCCAGUACAUCAAGACGUGGCAGAACCUGCCCGACUACGGCCAGACGCUGUUUGUGGUGCGCUUCAUGACACACCGCAAGGACGAGAUCAUCAGCAUCGCCAGUAAUCGCAUCAUGAGGCUCGAUCCCAGCACCGGCGACCACAUCAAGACAUGGCGGUUUAGCACCAUGAAGGCAUGGAAUGUGAACUGGGAGAAUAGACACUUGAUGGUACAAUUUGAAGAGGGCAACAUUAUCUUUUCGGUGCAGUCUGCAGAUUGCAAAGUGGUGCAUGAAUUCAUUGGUGGUUACAUAUUCCUUUCAAUGAGAUCCAAGGACGCCAACCAAACCCUCGACGUAGAACUAUUCCACAAACUCACCGGAGGUUGGACAUAAACACAUUCAUCGACGAAAUAGUGAAUAAUAUUAAAGACUUAAAUGUGCCUUGCGUGAAUACCACUAAUUGAAAUAGUAUUUUUUAAUAUCUCACAUCUCUAUAUUUAUAUCAGCACAAUUGACUUGGAAAUAAUAUUUAAUUACUAGAAACUAGGCGCUUCCAAUUUAGCAUUUGUAUUGCCAAAUAAUUUCAAUGAAUUUAACGCUUGACUUAUAUUAUUUCAAUGCCAAUGAUAACAACAUAUUGUGUUACCCUUUAUAAGUUAUUGAAACAUAUUAUGAAUAAAAUAUUGUUAAUUGGACAAUAUUGUAUAAACCUAACCUCAAAAACUGACAGUUAUAUUGUUGAGUCAAAUCAUGUCAAAAUAGCCAGCAAUAUUUAUGAAAAAAACCUCUAUAAUCUAUUGUUCUAUGUUUCAAUAGCAAUAUUACCUAUUACACAUAAAGAAACUUACCUAUUGGUACCGUAUUUUCACUAAAAAUGUUGUUUUAUCACAUUCUAUUAAAUAGACAGAAACAACAUUAAAAUUUGAGUUAAUUUUACUCAAAACUCAUUUACUACCUUUGAAAAAGCACAAAGUCAAUAUUUUUACUCUUAUUAGAAUAAACUUUACAUUCAUAUAAAGUAUUUUUUUUGGAACCUGUUUUUUUUUUGCUGAAAAAUAGUGAAUCAAAAAGUUUUAUUUAAUAUCUGAGAUUUCUUAGAUAAUAUUGAAUACAAUAAUGAUAUAUGGUGCUUUCAAAUAAUAAUAUUUAAUAUAAUUUCGUGUGGCCUUAUCUUUAGGAAGGCAUUUUAUUUUCUUGUUAUCUAACAUAUUAUUAUAAUUAAAAAAAAUAGUUUUAAGCAUAUUUGCAGAAUAAGCAUUCGUGAGAUGAAAAUUAAGAAAAGAAUGUUGUAGGUGAAAAUGGGGUUGCAUAUAAUGCUAAAAUAUGUGAAAUAAUAUGUAUUAACAAUAUUGUGCCUAUUUUUAAUAUAGAAUUAUUGUACAAAAUAUAUUUUUACUUUAUAAAACAAUAUGUUUGUAAAUUGAUGUUUAAAUGUAAAUUAAUAACAAUUUAAAAA